AUGAGUAUGGCGCGGAAUAGCACCUUCAUUUUUAAGCAAGCACCACGUCCCGGAUGGCCUUUGACCGAGGAGAACCUUGCUGUGGAAACCCGCACGUUUGACCUUGGGGCCGCUCCACCGCUCGGUGGCUUUACAAUCGCCCACCUGUUCUUCUCGCUGGACCCCGGGCUCCGGCUACGCAUGGUAUCAUCAGACGAUCACUGCUACAUGACUCCGUUCGAAGAGGGCCAAACAAUCCCCGAGACGAGCAUUGCUCGGGUUUUGAAGAGCGAUUGUCCAAUCUUCAGACCUGGAGACUUGGUCAUCGGUUUCGGGGAGAUGGAAGAGUACUCUGCCAUACGCGCCUCCGCAGUAACUACCUUUCAGCACAUCCAAAACCCUUACUUGCUCCCUCUGACAGCCUUUUUGGGCCCUCUCGGGAUUCCCGGCCUGACAGCCUACAGCUCUCUUUUCGCGAUUGGGAAGCCUGUUGCAGGAGAAACCAUAUACGUUUCAGCGGCCGCCGGCGGUGUCGGUCAGGUCGUCGGUCAGCUGGCCAAAGUCGAGGGUUUGAAAGUCAUUGGGUCGGUGGGUAGCGACGAGAAGUUAGACAUCAUCAAGAGAACCCUACAUUUCGACGAUGGGUUCAACUACAAAGAGGAGGACCCGACAGCUGCGUUAAAACGGCUUGCGCCCGAAGGCAUUGACAUUUUCUAUGACAACGUCGGCGGCGAAGCUCUAGAUGCAGCCUUGCUGGAUAUGAAAUGCAAUGGUAGAAUUGUCUCAUGUGGUUGUGCCUCCCAGUACACGAGGAAUCCGACGACACAAUACCGGCUUGCGAACCUCUUGGAGAUCCCAGCGCGAAGGCUGACAAUGCAAGGCUUCAUUGUCUUCGACCAACCCAUGUUGAACUGGUCUCUGACGCACGAGACCCGGGUAGGCCGGCUAUUAGCAAUGGGACAGAUGGUCAGUCAAGAGGACAUCGUUGUCGGAAUGGAUAAGGCUGUCGAAGCAUUUCUGGGUGUACUUUCGGGGCGAAACGUCGGAAAAGCCAUUCUCCAGGUCUCGGAGGUCUCGCGAACCCCGUGA